CUCGGCCCCUCGCUUUUCCAAUCCUUGCCACAUCCACCGAUCAUGACAGCAUUUUUUACUCGCACAUAGGCAGUAAAGACUUACUACUGAUCAUCGCGGAAAUGCCCCCGACUCGUCGCUCGUCAGCGUGGCCUCCGGCUUCCAGAUCUUUAGGUUGGGGGUCAAGCCAGUGUACGGGUCGACAUUCACGCCUCAAGCGAUGGCGCUUUCUGGCCCUCCUCGUAGGUAAUACCUACGAAGCAUUGCCUAGCUCCGAAAAGACAUCGCACGUAGAUAAGCGGCACUCCGAGCGACGUCUAUGGCUUGUUCCCGGCUGCUCUAGGUAUAAGAUCGAGGAACAAUGCCGUUUUACUUGUAGCUAAACUUUCCACCGCCACUGUACCCAUAAACCCGGUCCGCAGUGUUAGACGAUAUCUUGUUCCGAAUCAGCGCCAUGUCUUUUGCCGGAGAGCCCAUCGCCAUAGUUGGCACUGGUUGUCGCUUUCCCGGAGAUUCCAAUACGCCGUCUCUGCUCUGGCGCCUUCUUCGUGAGCCUCGCGACCUCUUGGAGCCGCUUGCAGAACGGUUCAACGCAGAAGGAUGGUAUCAUGACGACGGAAAAUACCAUGGACACUGUAAUAUCAAACAGUCAUACCAGCUCGCAGGGAAGGGGACUUGCCGUUACUUCGAUGCUCAAUUCUUUAAUAUCAAUGCUAUCGAAGCCAGCACCCUGGAUCCGCAAGUGCGCCUUCUACUAGAAACUGUCUACGAGGCCCUGGAAGCUGCCGGUAUUCCCAUUGAGACCCUCCAGGGUUCCGACACAGCAGUUUACACAGGCAUGAUGACAAACAGCUACAAGACUGCCAUGGAACGUGACGGAGAUAGCAUCGGAACCUAUCACAGUACUGGUAUAAGCCGUGCUAUGAUGUCUAAUAGAAUAUCCUAUUUCUUCAACUGGCACGGCCCUUCUAUGACCAUCGACACGGCAUGCAGCUCCAGCAUGGUUGCCGUCCAUCAGGCCGUCAUGCAACUUCGCACAGGUCAAUCACGCGUUGCAGUCGCUGCCGGUUCAAAUCUUUUCCUCGACUCUGCUGACCAUGUUUCGAUGAGCAAGCUCGAAAUGCUGUCUCCCGAGAGCCGUUCACGGAUGUGGGACAAGGAUGCCAACGGGUAUGCGCGCGGAGAAGGUGUUGCAGCUGUGGUCCUUAAAACGCUGAGCGCUGCCGAGGCCGCUGGGGACCAUAUCGAGUGUCUCAUCCGCGAGACGGCUACCAACCAAGACGGGCGGACGCCAGGGAUCACAAUGCCGAGUGUCGCAGCUCAGACGCAACUCAUACGAGACUGCUACGCUCGCGCGGGACUAGACCUAGCUGACCCUGCACAAAGGCCCCAAUACUUUGAGGCUCAUGGUACCGGAACGCCCGCAGGCGACCCUGCGGAGGCCAAGGCAAUCCACACGGCUUUCUUCCCCCACGACAACGGCUCCGUACCGUCCGAGCUGGCUCCCCUUUUGGUUGGCAGCAUUAAAACCGUCAUCGGCCAUUCCGAGAGCGUUGCGGGAUUGGCGGGACUGAUAAAGACGUCCUUGGCUUUGCAGAACGCCAUAGUGCCGCCAAAUCUGCUGUUUCGCGAGAUCAACCCCAAGGUGGCGCCCUUCUACGGGAACUUGCGAGUUCCCACGUCAGCUGUCCCUUGGCCGGUUGUUCGUGACGGAUCUCCUCGUAGGGCCAGUAUAAACAGUUUCGGCUUCGGCGGCGCAAAUGCGCACGCCGUUCUCGAAAGCUAUACGGGAAAGAAGCAGAUAGUGGGCAAGAGAGACGCUUGUUUCAUACCUUUCGUCUUCUCGGCCGCCUCCGAGGCUUCUCUUUUUGCGAACCUGGCCGCGGUACGCGACCAUCUGCAAGUCAACAGAACCAACAUGAAUCUGCGGGACCUAGCAAUGACACUCCAUUCUCGAAAGUCACGGCUUCCAUUUGGAACUGCUGUUGCAGCCAGCACCGUUCCGCAACUCUGUGAUAAGCUUAACGAAAUUUGCCAGAAGAGAGGAAAUAACACAGAACAGCAUGUAGGCACGCAGACUUCGGCCCGACAGUCUAGCGACCGAGGUCGGAAGGCAAAGGUCCUCGGUAUAUUCACUGGUCAAGGGGCGCAGUCAGUACGUAUGGGGGCGGCUCUCAUCGAACAAUCCGCAUCAUGUGAGCGCAUCAUCGACAAGCUCGAGGCGCGGCUCGCUGCGCUUCCAUCGGAAGAUCGCCCAUCCUGGUCACUCAAGCAAGAGCUACUAAGGGAUUCCACAGCGACAGUUAACCAGGCCGCCCUAUCACAACCAUUAUGCACCGCAUUGCAGAUUCUGCAGGUCGAUCUCCUGCGGGUGGCAGGUGUCGAGUUCUCCGCUGUUGUGGGUCAUUCCGCGGGCGAGGUUGGCGCCGCCUACUAUGCGGGCAUGAUCUCGGCUGAAGAUGCCAUUUGCAUAGCUUACUAUCGAGGCCGUUAUGCGGACCUAGCAGCGCGUUCCGGCGGACAACGAGGCGCGAUGCUGGCUGUCGGUACCUCGUUUGUGGAAGCACAGGAGCUCUGCAACGAACCGGAGUUUCAAAACAAGGUUUUCGUGGCAGCUAUCAACUCUUCAGCCAGCGUGACCCUGUCUGGUGAUGAAGAGGCCAUCAACAAGAUCAGGAUGAUUCUCGAAGAUAAGGGUAAAUUCGUUCGCCGUCUCAAAGUCGAUAUGGCGUAUCAUUCCCCUUACAUGGCGCCGUGCUCCAGGAUCUAUCUCCGGGCAUUGAACAGACUCGGCAUUCGGCCUCGCAAAGCUAAUAAUACAACAUCCUGGUUCUCGAGUGUUGAUGAAGGGAAGCUCAUGUCUAUGGACGAGUCUUUCAAGCUUCAAGCCACGUAUUGGAACGAGAACAUGAUGAAGCCAGUUAUGUUUAUGCAAGCCGUCCAGGGGGCCUGGAAAUCCCGAGGUCCGUUCGACCUAGCUAUUGAACUUGGGCCGCAUCCUGCCUUGAGAGGCCCAGCGCUUCAGACUCUACGAGAAUGUUCGCUGCCGAUAGUUCCGUACACUGGCGUUCACGCGAGAGGACAGAAUGCCGUCGAGUCUUUUGCAAACGCCCUUGGCUAUAUCUGGAAUCAUCUAGGCACCAUUAACCUGUCGAGCUACGAUAUGUUCGUAAGUGGCCACAUCAGCUAUGGCCUUGUUACGGGACUGCCCUCAUACGCUUGGAACCAUGAAAAAGAGUACUGGCAUGAGUCUAGGUACACGAAGGCUAUUCGUACUCGGUCUGAACCCGUGAACGAACUGUUGGGUCACCUCAGUCCGGAUAGCACCGACCAAGAUAUGCGAUGGAGAAAUAUUCUUUAUCCCAAGGAGUUGUCCUGGCUGAACGAUCAUGCGCUGCAGAAUCAGCCAGUUUUCCCAGCUUCCGGGUACGUUGUUGCCGCAGUUGAGGCUGCUGCGUCCAUGACAAGGGCAAGAGGUCUCUCGGCUUCUCUGAUUGAGGUCUUGGACCUUGAUAUUAGCAAGGCUUUGGCGUUCGACUCUGAUGAUUCACGGAUAGAGACGAUCAACUCUUUAACUGACAUCCGGCAGCGUGGUGAGAAUAUCGAGGCUCUCUUCAAGUUCAACGCAACACCGACAUUCGGAGGAACUACACUCACUCUCCUUGCUAGCGCCUCUAUAAGAGUUAGAUUGGGUCACGGCGAUGAAGCGGCCCUUCCUCCCAGAGGCCCCCGUAUGAUCGGCCUGUCCAAAGUUGACUCUGUAGACUUCUAUGAGUCACUUUCGAGACUUGACUGUCAGUACACAGGCCCAUUCCGUGCGCUCUCUGGCCUCGAGAGGAAGCUUGGUUCCGCGACUGGAUACAUCAACAACGAGCGAUCACGGUUGCUUAUCCACCCUGCCGUUCUGGACGCUGCUUUCCAAUCUCUUUUUCUCGCUCAUUUUGCCCCUAACAGCGGCGGCAUCUGGUCUAUUCAGGUUCCCAAGACAAUCAGGGCCAUUCGGGUGGAUCCGCUUCUCUGUGCGGCCAGCGCGAAAAGGGGGAUUCCUAUCGCGUUUGAUUGUAUGCAGCAGGUAGGCGCGCCAACUCUCGAGGGCGAUAUCGAGCUGUUCCCCGGGACCGACGGCAUCCAGCAUACUAUGGUUCAGGUAGAGACGCUUCGGUGCACGCCGCUUUCGAGACCAACUGCUGGGGACGAUAAAGAAAUGUAUUCGAAAAUAACAUGGGAUGUAGCGACGCCGAACGCAGAACAGGUGGUGUACGACGGCAAGCCAACCAAGGAGCAGGAGGAGCUUGCUCGUCUACUCGAACGCAUGGCGGUCUUCUUCCUGCGCCGCCUAGACGUGGAGGUUCCCAAGGACCAUCCAGCCAGAUUUGAAGACACUUACCGGAAUUUCUUCUCCUUUGCAUCAUACACUCUGUCCCGUGCCAAGGAAAGAAAGCUUCCUCUCUGGUCCGUAAAAUGGGAACAUGACUCUUCGGACGACCUGGCUGCAGCAUAUGCUCCUUACUUACACGUCGUGGAUGUCAAGUUACUCAAAGCCAUCGGAGAUAACGUUGUCAACAUAGUCACAGGGCGGACCCCGGCAAUCGAAGUAGCCAUGGAGGACGAGAUGCUUUCGCAGAUAUACCAACAGGGCCUCGGUUUCAGGGAAUACACGAAAUUCGCGGCUCGCCUAGUCGGACAAAUCGCUCACAGGUAUCCGCAAAUGAAUAUUCUCGAGGUCGGCGCAGGUACGGGCGCUGCCACGAAAGAAAUCUUCCACGAGAUUGGACACAACUUCUCCUCGUAUACAUACACCGAUAUAUCCUCUGGCUUCUUCGCGAAUGCCGAACAGACAUUUACUUCUCGAUGCCACAAGAUGCUCUACAAGGUACUGGAUAUUGGUAAAGAUAUAAAGCAGCAGGGGUAUAAUGAGCAUUCAUACGAUCUCGUAGUUGCUUUUGCGGUCCUCCAUGCGACUCCCAGUAUCCAAGAUACGCUCGGAAAUGUGCGACGUCUCCUCAAGCCGGGCGGAUUCCUAGUUGUGCUUGAGCUCGAUAUCGCCGACCUUACGAGAGUAGGAGCUAUAUUUGGGGCCUUGCCUGGUUGGUGGCUGGGUGCUGGCGAAGGCCGCACACUAUCCCCGUGCGUUGAUAUGGCAGAAUGGGAUCGAUUGCUGCGCACCACAGGGUUCUCAGGUUGCGAUACCAUUACUCCCGCCAGGGAUAUUCCUGUGAUGCCAUUGAGGGCGUUUGUAUCCCAGGCGGUCAAUAGCCACGUACAGUUUCUACGGGAUCCCCUAUCUCAACCAGAAUCACUCUUCCAGGACAACAGCACAAUGGCGGCACAGGAACUUAUACUUCUGGGCGGAGACGGCCCACAGACGUCGGUGCUCAUACCUCAGCUCAAGAAAGACUUGAGGCGUCCGUGGAGACAGAACAUCAGGACAGCUCGUUCUCUAACGGACGUAGCUUCUCUAACAAUUACCUCCGAUACGACAGUCUUGAGCCUUUUGGAAGUAGACACACCCGUGUUUGAAAACCUCAACGAAAGCAACUGGGAAGCCUUGAAAUUCCUCCUGCAAAAAGCCGGUACAGUGUUGUGGGUAUCAUCAGGCCGUCGGGUGAACAAACCGUAUGCAAACAUGAUGGUCGGCCUGCUCCGCUCGGCAAGGAAAGAGAUCCCGACGCUCGAAAUCCAGUGCUUCGACGCCGACGAUGACAAACUUCUGGACGCGCGCGAGCUCGCCGAGACGCUUCUGCGACUGAAAGCUGCUACGAUGUGGAAGCGGCAGGAGGAUCAAGAUAGCCCCCUCACGACAGUCGAGCCGGAGUUGGUGCGCGGACGCAACACGGCACUACUCAUCCCUCGAUUGGUCGCGAGCCAGGAGAUGAACGACCGGUAUAACUCCUCGCGGCGUCCUAUCUUCGCUCCCGUGCCUGCCUAUGGACCGGAGACGAACCUCGGAAUCGUGAGACCUGACCAGCAGGACACUUACUUGCAAGAAGUUCCGGGGCCGGAAGGAGGGAAUGGGUCUGUCGUGCGGGUCACUCACUCGUUACGCUCGGCUGUCCGCGUUUCUGCAUUUGGCUAUAUGCAUCUCGUCCUGGGGCGCAGAUGCGAUUCAGAUGACCAGGUCGUAGCCCUCACCAGUCAACAUACGCUGAAGUCGGCCCCUCGCGUCGGACUCACCAUUUCCGCGUCGGUGCCACCCGGCAGCGAAAGCUCGUUCGUGGCCCUGCUGGCGUACCACUUACUCGCCAGUCUGUUUUUCGAGGGCCUGUCUGAGGGAGCGACCGCCAUUAUUCAUGAGCCUGAGGAACAGUUCUCUUCCAUUCUCGCAGACGAGGCAGGGCGGCACGGCGUAAAAGCCGUAUUCACGACUACGUCAACGACCGUGGCUGGGCCCGGAUGGGUCACAAUCCAUCCCAUGUCCCCAGACCGCACCAUACGUGCUCUGAUCCCCCCCAACACGGCCGCACUGUUUGAUCUCGGUGCGGAAAACGCCCCGGGAUCCGCCGGGUCUCGUCUGCGUGCUCAGCUACCGAGUCACUGCCGUUACCAUAGCUUGGACACAGCUUUUAGCGCCUCAUCAACAUGGGAGCCACAGGGAAAGCAGAUACCCAGCAUUCGCGCUCGGCUGGAGGGUUGCAUCUCCCGUACCUUAGCACGGUUGGCCAGCCCCUGCGGCCCGACUGCGACUGUUUCCUUGGAUACAUUGGCCCAGCUGAGCGGUGGUGUCCCGCACGCAGUCGUUGACUGGUCACUCCCUCCACUGGGCCUGUCUGUCCGCGUGCGUCCUGCUAGCUCAACGAUUCAGUUUUCGGAGUCCAGAACCUACUGGCUGGCUGGUCUCAAUGGAGGCCUUAGUGUCCUACUCUGCGAGUGGAUGGUUCGCCACGGAGCCAAGUAUUUUGUCAUCUCUAGCCGCACGCCUAGCGUUGAUGAGACUUGGAUAAAGAACAUGGAGGCUGCUGGCGCUGUUGUCAAGGCUUUUUCAUGUGACAUCACCGACGAACUCGCGGUGUCAGAUCUGUAUAGAGAAAUACAGUCAACACUGCCCCCUGUUGCGGGAGUAUGCCAAGGUGAAAGUUUCGGGGAAAUCGUCCCUGAAGAUAUCCCUAUCUAUGACAUGCCUCUAGAAGCCUUGCUCAAGGUUACGAGACCAAAGGUUGAGGGCAGCUUACACCUCGACCAACUCUUCCAGCCUCAAGACUCGGACCUCGAAUUCUUUAUAUUCUUCUCCUCUGUCGGCUCUGUGACAGGACAGCCAGGUCAAGGUAAUUAUGCGGCUGCCGAUCUUUUCAUGACUGCUCUCGCAGAACGCCGCCGACGGCGUGGCCAGGCCGCUUCAGUAAUGCAUAUCGGCCCCGUCUUAGGUGCCGGCUACACAACCCAACAGCCACUUGACUCGGGUUCCAAAUUUAUUACAACUGAAAAGUCGAUUUCCCCUAUCUCGGACAGUGACCUUUUCCAGCACUUCGCCGAAGCAAUCAUCGCAGGACGCUUCGUGUCUCAGACAGGCACCUUUGAAGUAGCGACUGACUUGGCCAGAUUCGAAUCGGUACAGGAGGCAGGCCCGUUGUUGAGCCACUAUUUCACCCAGAAUCAGGCGGAGAAGGCCGCGGAUGAGCCUGUAGUAAAAGCAAAAGUGUCGCUCACAUCAGAACUCGCGGCCGCACGGGGGCGGGCACAAGUGACGCGUAUAAUUCGCGAAGCAUUCUUACUCAAUCUAAGCUCCCAAUUGCAGAUCGAAUACCCGAAGCUUGAGAAGGCGGAACCGAAAGAAUUACGUCUCGACGAACUUGGCAUGGACUCGUUAAUAGCCGUGGAGAUCCGUAAAUGGUUGCUCAAAAAUUUCCAAGUCAACAUAUCAGUGCUGAGGAUCUUGAGCGGGGCACCGGUCGCCGACCUCAUUGAUACGGUAACAGAGGAGAUACCUCGCCAGCUCGUUCCGAUGUUUGACGAAGGACCGGAUCAUCAGGCGAAUGAGCGAGAUCAGCCUGUGCAGAGAGAAGUCGAGCAACCAUCACGGCAGAUACGUCAUGAGGAGAACUAGCCUCCUCGCUGCCUCGGUACCGUUCCUACGAAGAGACGUGCGUACGUAAGCACGCACUGGGCGUAGGUUGGCAGGGCUGCGCGUGGGAUGGAAACGAAACUCGGUUGCGCGAUUCGUGGUGUUACCUAUAAAUGU